GCACUAUUCCGUUGCAUUGUGGCAGGACCCUCCGGUGCUGCAGCCUCGAGAAGUUCAGGGGCUUCCGAGAGUGCGAGCGCUGCGUUGUGGAGGCCAUCACAUGUUGGCCAGCACGGAGGGCGGAGACCUAUUUGUGUGGGGUUGCGGCUUGACGCAUCAGCUGGCCAACCGGCCACGGGACGUGUCAAACCCAACCGAUGCAGAUGAGGAGCCCGCAGAUGAGCUGAGACCCUACCAUGUGUCUUCGAAGCAGCUACAGAGUCGCUUCGUGAUUGUGGCAGAUGGGGGAGCUCAGCACAGCGUGGAGCUUGCAUUUGGCGGCCAGUACAGCACACUUAGCCAGGCUUUGGUUUUGGGGGCGGGGCCAGCACAAGUGGCACGGCCUUUGGCACAGGCUCGGCUGGGUCAGUGGUUUUCGGCUUUGGCACGGGCACUCCUGCACAAGCCGGCGGCGCUGGCACAUCCGGAAGUUUUGGUGGCGGCUUUGGCAGCGGCUUCGGCAGUACCCGUCGGAGAUGUUUUUGUCCAUGGAAGUGGCGAAUGCGAUCAGCUAGGUCUGAGCGAUGAUAUGCGAGAGCGCAAGAAGCCCACGCUGUUGAAAUCCCUGAUCGGGAAAAGCAUCUGCGAAAUUGCAGUCGGUGCCAUGCACGUUCUUUGUCUUUCCACAGGGGGGGCUGUGUACAGCUGGGGCUGCAACGAUCAUGGGGCCCCGGGCAGAGCUCCUUCGGAUGGUUGGGACGGUGGCCCGUCGGAUGUGGAGCCACAUCCGGUGACGAUGCCAAGUGGAGUCGCAGUUUGCCAUGUUUCGUGUGGAGACUGCCACAACUGUGCCUUGGAUGAGAAGCGUCGGGUCUGGUUAUGGGGAACGUACAAGGAUUCCAACGAUUAUAUCGGCAUCGCACACAAGCGCAAGCAGGAAACGGAGGUCUUGGAGAAGAGUGCAGAACCACCGCUGGUCCUGGUGGGAUGCCUGCAAGUGUCAAGUGGUGCCAUGCACACGGUGAAGCUUCAGGCCGUGCCCGCUGUGCGAAGGGCUUCCUGCAUAGCUGGUGGACUGCACAUCACGGCAGCGCUGGUGGAUGCACGCGACCCUCCGGUGCUGCAGCCUCGAGAAGAUCAGGAGCUUCCGAGAGUUCGAGCGCUGCGUUGUGGAGGCCAUCACCUGUUAGCCCGCACGGAGGGCGGAGACCCCUGGCUGUGGGGUUCUGGCUUGACGCAGCUGCUGGCAAACCGGCCACGGGACCUGUCAAACUCUUCUGAUGCAGAUGAGAGGCUCACAGAUGAGCUGAGAUCCUACGAAGUGUCUUCGAAGCAGCGGCAGAAGCGCUUCGUGAUUGUGGAAGAUGGGGCUGUGCACGGCUGGGGCUGCAACGAUGAUAGGGCCCUGGGCAGAGCUCCUUCGGAUGGUUCGGACAGUGGCCCGUCGGAUGUGGAGCCACAUCCGGUGACCAUGUUGCGUGCGGAGACUGCAGCAGCUGAAAGAACACGGGCGGCAGACGAAACCAUGCUGAAGACGGUACAGGGUGUCCACGACAAGUGCCGGGCCGCGCGGCAGCGAAGAACGGCCCUUGUUUUUAUUCAAGCCAUGGGCGAACUGGUCUGCUGCACACCAUCAUCGGUGGAUGCAGACGAGCUGAGCCAGCCGAGGGCCUUGCCCAGCUUCUUCAGCGAGAUGUUCGAGGUUUCUUUCAGCCUGUUCUUGUCGCUUUGGGCGUGCAGGCUGAAGGUGGGCUACCAGACGGCAUUCCAGAGCGCACAGAAGGAGACUCAAAAGAGAGGAGAGCGUAAGAAGAUCCUCGUGGGAGACCCGACCACAAGGUGUGUCCUUGUGAGGUCAAUGCCGCCGCUGACAGCUUUGUGUGGCUUGGGCUUUCGCUGUGCAGCUGAUUCCUGUGGUAAGGCCGAUGACAGCACUUUGCUUCAGGUCGCAAGGUCAUUCACACGGGACGACAUCUCCCUUCCAAACGCAUGCAACUUCAGCUUGGAGACCAUGUGGCCCAAUGAGCUGCAGCAACCCUACGUGGGAGUGCUGAAGCAGUCGUACAAGAAGGUGGAACAGUUGCUGGCGGACGCUCUUUCCAAGGCGCAGGCUCCGUGUCAGGAUGUGGUGUUGAAAAUGAGCUUGUACCCCAAGGCUUCAAACAAAGGCAUUCCAAUGGGAGAGGCCUAUGCCGGCCAAGCUGGCUGUGGCAUAUAUCUUGUCAGUGAUUGGGUGGGCAGCCUCCAAGUUCGCGUCAGAGAAAACGAGUGCCAAGGGAUGGGUGCUGACGCCAUUUCCUACCGAUGCAUACUUGGAAGAAGUGCCACAAGACAGGAAGAGCAACGAGGGGCAGCGCAUGGCCAAGGGGUCCGCGGGGUGGUAGAGCUCCUUCCGAUGGUUCGGACGGUGGCCCGUCGGAUGUGGAGCCACAUCCGGAUGUUGUGUUGGGAAUACCUGUGGUGGACGGACUUCACCAUCCCUGUACCACCCAUCAACUGGGAGAUCCCUCGCGAGGAAAGGCGACGGCAGAUGGACGCAACCAUGUUGAGGAUCCUGCAGGGCGUCCACGACAAGGCCGAGUGGCAGCGAAGAACGGCUCUUGGCUUCUUCCAAGCAGCGGCCCCAACUGUCAGUGUGCCAUUCGUCUUCCAUGUUGCUGCGGAGACCGCCAGGUCGUGGCUUUGCCAUGAAAGCUACCUUUCCAAUAGCCAAGAAAUCCUGCUUCUGGUGUUGCUCAGGAUGCUGGACGAAGCCAAGGCCUUUGGCGAAUUGCCACGCGAGGGCCUUGCGGCGAUGCGCCCGGCUGGGGUUGGGCGACUUCGAGACGGCGUUCCCGAGCGCGCAGAAGGAUGCGGAUGCGCUGCCGUGUCCGAUCACAAGGCGGCUGUCAUGUGGGCCGAGCGAGUGCAGGUUCCGCAUGCAGCCUUGGAGAAAGAGAAAAUUAAAGAGCUUCAGGCCAAUGCGCUCCUGCUUGCAUGCGACGACCUCUUCGUGGAGCGCUCAGCUGUUGCAGGAUCUUGUACCUGUGCUGGUCUGGAGCUGCCGAACAUGUGUGAACCCUUGCAGCUCAGGAGAACGGAAGUGUUCCUGUUAGAGCUAUCGUUGUAUAUCGUUGUUGACGGAAGUGGCGAAUGCGAUCUGCUGGGUGUGGGCGAUGGUAUGCCCAGGGGAGCUGUGUACAGCUGGGGCUGCAACGAUGAUGGAUCCCUGGGCAGAGCUCCUUCGGAUGGUUCGGACGGUGGCCCGUCGGAUGUGGAAACGGAGGUCCUGGAGAAGAGUGCAGAACCAACGCUGGUCCUGGAGGGAUGCGUGCAAGUUGCAAGUGGCGCUAACCACACAGUGGCCCUAGCAGCUCCGAAUGGCCACAAUGAAGUCUCAAAGCCACGGGACAGCUUGAACUGCAAGACGUUUGUGGACUCUCCGAGGGCACCCUGCCGUGCUCAAGCAGCGUCGCAGGCCUGGGCGGCGUCUGGGAAGUCGCUGGCGAGCAGGCUGUGCGCACUUAUUAGUUUGAUGGCUCUGCAUGUGCCGCUAAUUCCAUGA